AUGUACGUGGCGAGCUUGCAGUUCGUCUUCUCAACGAACAGGAGGUGGAGCUGGAGCGCGGCUGGCACGGGAGGGCGCGCCGCCCCGUCGGCGGGGAGGAGACGCCGUGCGGCGCUCGUCUCGUGCUCUUCCUCCGUGCGUCCGGGUUCGCGGGGCGGCGGGCUGGAGCUGGAGAGGAGGCACCUGCUGCUGUCCGGCCUCGUGUCUUCCUUCGCGCUCGUCCUCCCGGUUUCAGAUUCGCAUGCUGUUGCCGAGAUAGAUGAAGAUGUGAAAAUGGCUACGGUAGUUGACCAGAUCAAUGCAUAUUCUUUUCUUUACCCAGUUGAAUUGCCACGGAAGAAGUUCAAGUUCAAAUGGGUAGAAUCCAGAAAACCAGAGCGGUAUUCCUCUGCUGCACCACUAUCUCCUGAUGCACGGCAACGUAUUGUAUCAGAGCGAGUUGACAUGAUCCAUAACGUUGUCAUCUCAGUCUCGAUCGGGCCACCAAAUUCACGUUUUCUACCUUUUAAAGACAAGAGCAAGUGGGAUCCAAAAGAUGUUGCUGAUUGCAUUUUGGCUGACAAAUCUUCGCUGAAAGUGACGACCGGCCAACGCAUGACAGAGAGUUCUGUCCUUGAUGCACACUCUUCAGAUGUCGAUGGAGAACCAUACUGGUUCUAUGAAUAUCUAGUUCGGAAAUCUCCUACACAAUCUGCACCGGAACCAAAUCUGUUUCGCCAUAACGUAGCCUGCACUGCCGAACGAGAUGGUUACCUGUACUCCUUGAAUGCUUCCACUCUCAGCAAGCAGUGGGAAUCUAUGGGGCCUUCUUUACAGAAAACAGUGGCAUCAUUUCAUCUCCUACCCCCUACAGAAAACUAUGUUCCUCCUUACAAGGAUCCGUGGAGAUUUUGGUGACAGUACCAUUCUUUUCUUCUUUGUACUGUUUUUCCUUCUAGGUGAUCUUGGAACAUACUAGCAAAAUUUUAGACCGUAUUUUCCUGUAAUAGACGCUUCAGUGAGUUCUGCGUUUUCAGCUCUACAAAGUGAAGCCUAGGAGGAACUUACGGAGUACUUUGCUUACGGCAGUGUUCAGAUACUAAACGUGUCUUUUAAAUCCUUAUUACGACCAGUGUGGUUUGAUCUCCAGAAGACAGUUCAGUUAAAAACGACAACAAGAUCAUUAGCAGGCCAGAAAAAAA